AUCCUCAUUCAACGCGUCUAUGUGUCCGGCACUCCAACAUCACUCAACCCGUGGGGUUCCAGCAGCUAUCCCCACGCAACCCGUCUAUGUGUCUGGCAAUCUCAAACCUCCCCUUUCCGUGGGGUUUCAGUAUACAGCUAUAAUCACUCAACACGUCUAUGUGUCCGGCAAUCUCCUACAUCACUCAACCUGUGAGGUUUUCGUAAGCAAUCCUCACUCCACGCAUCCAUGCGUCACGCGUCUUUGGUAGCGCAUACUAUGGGGGCUAUAUUUGGGGUGGCGUGUUUUACAGCGCUUUGCCAACAGCGUCAACCCACUGAAGU